AAGUCGCAUUCAAAUGAAUAACAGUGGAGGUCGUUUGAUGUAAAAUGUACCAACACAACGCCAGCACUGCACACCGAGGUCAAAGAUGGCGUGCAUUUAUGUUCUCUGUCAGGAUUUUGAAACAUUUUUGACGACAAGGAAUUGUUGAGACAGAGAAAUACCUAUUUAUUCCAUUACCUGACUAAUAAGUGACCUCGUGCAAUUUAUAAAUGAUUAUUCAUCAAUGAAUGGGAGUAAUAAAAACUAUCUCCGACGUAUCUAGUCGUAUCAAGAGUGCAGUGGAAUAGAAUAAUAUAACCUAUUUGCUCCGAAACCAGUUGAGACUUUAUUUGACAAAUGCAUAACCUAAGUUGGAUUGAACCUUGAACUGAUGUUUAAAUAAAGAAAUAAUAUACAAGUUUAUUGCGUGGGAAUAAAGAAUUUAGAAAAAUUACUAGUUAUGUUGAAAACACUGGUUAUUUACUCUGGUACUCGAUUUUCCUCGUGUGAUAAGUGAAAACGACUGGUGCAAUUCUGGGAAAAUUUUAUAGACAAGAGGACGAGGAGAGGAGUUAUUUGAAUAAUGCCGAAAAUAAGGAUGAGACAUUUGGGGUCACAUGGAGGAAUGUGGCUCCAAAACAGAGAGAUGGGGAUUAAUCCACCUCUUGGGCACAGUGAUCGCUUUUUCAAGACCCUGUACUCUUCGAUACAGCCAGUUACAUCAUGGGAUCAUGGGGAGAAUCUUUGCAACGCCAUGCAUGGAGGUGUAUUCAAUUUAGAAUUUUCCCCUGAUGGAUCUCUUCUCGUUGCAGUCUGCGAGAAGAAGAGCAUCUUGAUGUUCGAUCCACUGUGCAGACGUCUGGUCCAUGCGAUAGAUAAUGCUCACAAUGACUGUGUUAAUUGUGCCAGAUUUCUGGAUCAACGAAUGUUUGCCACCUGCUCAGACGACAGCACAGUAGCCUUAUGGGAUGCGCGAAAUCUCAAACAUCGUAUAAGAACCCUCCAGGGUCAUUCGAACUGGGUCAAAAACAUAGAGUACAGCCCCAACGAUGGAUUACUUCUUACCAGUGACUUUGAUGGCAGCAUAUACACGUGGGACAUAAACAGUUACACCGAGAACAGUUUUUUCUACAAUCGCGUAUUCCACACAAACGGUCUUAUGCGAACAAGACUCACGCCGGACGCAUCCAAGAUGCUCAUAUGCACGACAUCCGGUUAUCUGAUUAUCAUUCACAAUCUCAAGUUGAGCACACUGACUCAGGAUCUGGCAGGAUUCAAGCCCAACAUGUAUCGUCUUAUGCAACUGUCUCAGACAACAAUACCGGUUGCUGCAAGUUUUACACAUUUAUUCUCACACUCUCGAGAGCACAACCGAGUGGAAUUCCUCACGGAUUUCCCUGUGGGAGAUGAUGCUGAAGUUAUAUCGAGUCUUCAAGUGCAUCCCCAGGGCUGGUGUGCCCUCUCUAGGAAUGUUAGUAAUGGUGAAAAAUCAGAGUGGACUUGCAUCCACGAUAUCCAGGAGCGAGAUGCACCUGACACUUCAAAAAAUCAGAACGAGGAGGACUCAGUCCCCUCCUCGAACGACACCACUGAAGACUUCGAGGUAUCUUCCCAGCCACAACCCUCGCGCUCAGGAAUCACCUCGUCUUUCGUGAUCGACAGUGCCAACCGUGCGAGAAUUGUCCAGACGAUGUCGGACGUCCGCUCCAACUCAUUUGUAUCCACUGAUGCAGCCCAGCCACCUCGUCCCUCCAGAACUAACUACUGGCGCAUCAAUGUGCGUUCGAACCUCAAUUCCAGUCGUCCACGGCACAGGAAUCUCAUGAGAACGAAUGCUGGAAUAGUAGAAAUCAGCUCAAGUAUUGAUAAUGCGAGUGAUAGGCCAAAUGCAGAAGACAGUAGACAGGAGCCACUGGCUGAGGAUCAGCAGCCGGAGCGCGAGGAUCAGGACCACAGAGUGCCUCGAGGGAGCUCCCAGUUGAACUACAUCAGACGUAGGAAUAUGCUGGACAAUGGGAAUUUUCCAACAGCCAACGUGGAAUUGCACGUAAGCUCGAGUGACGUUUGGGAGGCUCUAGUGGCCAUUAGGGAGGCAAGGUCGAGGAGAGAGAGAGAAAGAGAAUUCUACACGACGAGUGACACUAGAAAUUGGUUGAGGAGAUCGAGUGGUGGUGUGAGUGUUAGUAUUCCACCAAGAGGCUCGCACACUGUCGUUAUUCUGGGAGAUCGAGGAAGACCGCAGAGUCAAAUUCGUCAGGGGCAGCAGCCCAUGUACGCAAUCCCUAGGAAUCAUAAAAUCCAUCAGAAUAUCUCGAGGUUAACCCAUUACAUUGAAGAGCCCAAUGUGGGCUCAGGCUAUAUCAAGGAGCUGUGCUUCUCCGCUGAUGGCAGGCUCAUCUGCUCACCCUUUGGCUACGGUGUACGUCUCCUCGCCUUCUCCAACGAGUGCCAGGAGCUCUCCAACUGUGUUCCUUCAAUCAACGAGUCUCAGCAACUCUUUGAACUAGCCACCAAUAUCAGUCACUCGGAUAUCGUACUGAGCACGAAAUUCUCACCGAGGCACUGUCUCCUUGUCUCUGGAUGUUUAAGUGGAAAAAUUGUGUGGCAUCAACCUGUAGUCUAGCUGCAAUAAAUGAAACAAAUUGUAACAGCUUAAUUAUGCUCAUUGAUGCGCUUCUCUCGUCCAGUUCAAUUUAAUACUGUGUUCAUUAAUUAAUGAUCCCCCUUUUAAGUUUCUUUGUAUUUUUUAUUCCGUUUUUUUUUCUUCGGUUUGGGAUUGUGGUGGGUAAUUAACGCCAACGAGACCAAUUUCCAUAAUUCCCGAAUAUCGGGGGAGGAUUGCGCAACGAGCAGAAACAUGUAUUGGACAUGUAAAUAAUUGAGAUAGAUACACUUUGAUGAGGAUAUUUAAUCACUUUUGUGUAAAUUAAAUAAAUUGUAAUAAUUUUCUCGAUCUCCGGACAUUGAAAUUGCUAGCGUGACAAUUCUAUGGGGUCUCAUCAUCUUCGAAAUUUCCAAUGUACUGAGAAAAUGAGUACUUAAUCGAUGAUGAUAUUUUGUAGAAAUGUGUGGCACUGCCCCCAGACUUUGUUGAAUCAUGAAUUUAUAACAAUUUUUUAAUAUUAAAAAUACCAGUGAGCACAAUUGGAAAAUGGCUUGCUAUUCUGUACAGUAGUUAAGACUUUUGUUUUCCUUUUCUUUUUCUAUAAUAAAAAACAUAGUGAAAUGGAAUUGCAAGGUUUCAGCUCAUUCGGUUUAUUGAUUGUCGUCUUAUCGAAACCUUUGGGGGAUGGUCAAU